CCCUCCCCCCGCAAACAAGUCUAAUAUUACCUCUCUUUCCUUGGUCCUCCCUCGCUUCCAGGAUCUGACAACGACGACCGCAACGAUAACGGGCGCUGUUUUGACUGGGGGCUACUAGUACCGCCGAAUCGACGGACAGAAGGCAAGACGAAGAACGGGUAGGAGCUGCUGGUUUAUGCUCAGCUCUGUCGCCAGAGAGCCGUUGAGCGUUUUGCGGCCGUUUACCUUAGGGGCCGUGGGGUGAUGGCUGCUGUGUUGGUACAUAAUUGUAGGUAUGCCAUGAAGGAUAGCACACGCUCGCCAACUAGCUAGAUAGGCGCUGCGUGUGACACCAACGUCGGAAUUUCUCUCACCCAUUCGUCUAUUUACGUGCUUGGUUAUCGCUAGUGUCGGCCCGGUGCCUUUCCAAACGACGUCCUUCUGUGCUUCUCUCCCAUUUAUCGCUGCCGCUGGUGGUGCUCCCACUACACAGCGCCGCGCUUCGUCACUGAGGUGCUGUUGGAGCACUAAGCUUGGCUGUGAAGUGCCACUGGGGGUUGCUGCUGAUACUCCCGAUUACCGACUCCUGUCUACUACAACUAAAACUGAGUGGGCAAGCAGUAGCGGCGGCCAGAAGACGACUACGACGAUCGUCACUCCAAAAGCGGCGGCAGCAGCAUAAGGAAUAUGCCCGAAAGAGUGAGUGUAGCGGGAAAGAAGUAAAUGCAGCAAAGAACCUCUGGGGCCAUCUCUAGCUAAACAACCGUAAAUAAGGCCGUUAUGUGCAUAGCAGGAGCAAAAAACGACUGCGCCAGUGUGUGCCUCUCGUUCUUUUAAAACAACAGCAACAAGCAAAGAAAUCAAGUGAACCCAUUACUGGCUUAAAUCUGUGCGGGCUUGGCACUCGAUUGGAUUGGAGUUUUGGUAUGCUGGCCUGUCUCGACAAUUAGACUGACUAAUUGACUUCGGUUGGCUUCUCUAAGAGGGGGACAAUGUCGGGUUGUUCUUGUUACUGCGCAUAAAUACGAUUAUUGCUUCAAUUGGAUACUAUUUUGUUGGCCGAUUCUGCCUCUGACUCAGUUUCGGCUAAUGAAUGCUUGUACUCAUACUGGUGUUCAAUAGAUAUCGCAUCAUCGUAUAUAUCGUUGAUAUUAUGCAGAAAAAGAUCGCGGUGGCGAUAUUUUGAUCCCGGAUGCUGUAAUUUAGAGAAAACACCAACGAAAUAAUAUUGCUAUGGCUAUCGUACCCUGGCGGGGUGCAGAUUAGCGUUCUACUGUUAUCGUGUUUCAAUUCACGGGUAUACAAUUGUUCUAUACUAGAAAAUCGAUUUUAGUAUUUGAGUAAAAAGGAAUCGAUAUCUCGCGGAAUGGCCAGUUUCCGUCUGUUGCAACACUGUCAAAUGUACUAAGUUCUUUAUUAAGAACAAAAAGCUUCGGAGAAAGCGGAUCGGCGUAGAAAACAACGGGUUCUCGGCUACUCCAGCGAGAUUUUUGGAAGACUUGACGAUACGCCUAACCUAGUCUUGUCUCUCGCGUAUCCAGUGCAUUUCUAUUCGACAGUCAAAAACAUGAUAGACUAGUCGUUAAGGCUACAUUUUAAUAAGUUUGUAUGUGCGUGUGUUUGAUCUCAUACAGCUUCAAUUCCAAACAGAAGUAGAGUAGUGAGAACGUAACAGAAGCAUAAAUGUGACACCAGCGAACGAAAGUAUCUCGGACAUUUGCUGUUCGUUGCUAUACAUGAUUACGUUGGUGCAUAUAAAAAGUGGUGUAUCCGCAUCUCGGUCGGAUCUGUUCGUGUGAUGUAGACACAAAUGUGCCCCAAAGCUCAACUGAUCCUUCAGGAUCGAUGCGAAUAAAAACUCUCAGAAUAAACGUUUUCGUGUCUCUCUGUACACGUCAUAUUGAGGUGAGUUCCAUGCGUUCCAUGAGAGGUAGUUCCAAACAUUCGACAUGCAGUGAUUGCUACAGGGAAACGACAGAGCAAUACCAAAAAUGAAAUCGAUGUCGAAUUUAUGAUAUUGGAACUACCGAAUGAAAAACGAUUCUGAUGCCCAGAAGAUUCAGAAGCUGAGGUAAGGCAAUAAAACGUGGGUUCUCAUGUAGUAUCCGUACUCUUGUAAUCCAUAUUUUUAUUGGCCUCGUAAUCAAACUGCACCGUUGUUCGAAUAGUUAAAAAAAUGUGCUUCACAAGGCUCCCAUCUACUUUAAUUUGCAACGUCCGACUACAUCAUUGCGCUUCGUCUUUUCAGAAAAAACGGAAUACAAAUUGACAACAAAGACGACUUCACGCGUGAACGAAAUUAUUGUGAAUGCCUUACAAGGAACACCUAUAACAAACGGUGUGAAAAUUCCAGGCACAGAAGACAAAUGCAUCGUGAAGUCAACGGCAGAUGACAGCAUCCCUAUCAAAUGAGUUUUCCGUCGCCGGGAAGCUGUGUGGGAUCAGGCGCUCCCCAGAGCAAAACCACCACCAACAACAACAACACCAGCAGCAGCAGCAGCAGCAGUAGCAGUAGCAACAAUAACAACAACAACAAUAAUAACAAUAACAGUAACUGUAAUGUAGCGGUCGGCGGCCCGAAUACCGUCAAAGCGACAUCGGUUCACCACGGAGUCAGUCUCGACCGAAACGAUCUCAUUAAAUUGCUCGGCGUUCUAGAAGGAGAACUGCAAGCUCGCGAGGUCGUGAUAGCCGUGCUUAAAAGCGAGCGUAUCAAGCAGCUCGUCUAUCCUGUUGGACCCCGGUUGGCUCGACCAGGACCGCGAAACCCGCUCACCCAGCUAUGGCAGGACGCUCUCGCUGCAACAGAGAACUUCCCUCCAUCUUCGACGCCUGCCUCUCAGCACCACUGUAAUAGCGUCGCGGCCCAUCACAAUGGUCAUGGUGGUGAAGGUAACUUACCAUCAACAGCUCCUUCGGCAGUGGCAACAACAUGCGGAACUCCAGUGUUAGCGAGAUCAGCCUCAUCGCUUUCACCCACGACAGCGCCCCCCACGACAACAAGCAAUAAUAAACAACAACAACAACAACAACAAUCUUCCCUCGAUUCCGCGCCCAGUGGGACAAGUCAAGAUGUCAUGAAUUUGUCGCCAGCGACAACAACAUCUGCCUCCUCUAUAACAACAACCAUAGCGUCGACAACAGCUGCGACAUCGUUCCCGUCUCCGGCCUCAAUUAACCAUCGAAUUGAUGUGAAUGCUAUUCACAGCCUGCAAGAGGUACAGGCAAAGCUAUUGGAGAAUAUGAUCUCUCAAAACAAUGAGCUACUUACAAAGGUCAAAGAGCGUUGUUGUGGAGGUUGCCAGUGCCAAGGAGCAGGUUCGAUCCUCGGAGCCGGCUUCAUUCACGACCAGCUUCCGAGUCGAGAACCGAAGGAAGAAGCGAAAGAAGAGGCUCAACGCCUCUUCGAGGCUGAAACGUCAGCUAGCGCCGUUCUUGGCCGCGUACGGGAACGCGAAAAGCAAAUGGUACUCCUUUUGCUAGCUGAACGACAUCGGCUCGUAGCGAAGCUGGACACCGCCAGACAGAAUUGCGUUGAGCUGCUGCGCGCAUUACGUGAAGAGAAGGCACGCAACGCUGAAAUUGUCGACGGACUGGAAGAGGAGAGCAAACGCAGUCUAUUGCUUGAAGAGCAAGCUGAAGCUGUUGGCCGACAGCAUGCUGCCUAUCGAGCGCAAUGCCGCCAAGAGGUAGACGCGCUUCGUGAAGAGAAUGCACGACAGAAAGCGGAAAUUGAACGGCUACGAGCCGAUCUCGAGCGCGCUACAGGAGGCGGUGUACGGAGCCAGCUGAUUAGUGGUCCUGCACCAGGCCCGGCGCAUCACUCAUCCGCAGCCCCAGCUAUUGCUCCAGCUGUCCUGGCGCAACGAGCAGUCGCCCAUGCGCCGGCGGGAUUUCCUACCCCAUCUGGAGUACCUGCAUCGGCUAUUGCUGCUAGAUCAGGUGAUGAAUCAAGGGCAACUGGUCGACCUGCGCCGCCGCCUGUCCCGCCUAACAAGCCAGCCAUACUGCGAAAGCCGGCUCAUCUUACGGCUGGCGCGGGCGUCAUCGUCACUCCGAUAGCUGCAGCCACUUCAACCGCCCACACUGCCCCCGUAAACGCGAGCACAAUUGUAUCUGCCGCUUCGCACGACACGUUCGAAGGUGAAAUCAAAAACUUCCAGAGCGUCUUCGUGACAAUGAAGAAUGCCAGCGGUGGUGGACCCGCCCCCGCUCCACCUCAGGCGACUCCGCCAGCAGCUGCCGGUGGGCGACAUGCGUAAAUUUCAAGGCAAACAAACAUAAGCUAUUUAUCACGCGUUAGAUGAACACAUCAAUGAAAACAACGAUCAUGAAUUAUAACCUAGUAAAAAUUCUACUAAUAACGAACAUGGCUAAUGUCCUCCCAAAUGGUCUUACUGUUGGUGUGCUAAAGCGCACAAGUGACUUAGUUACCGUAAAGCGUUCUCUUUACAUCCUUCCGGCAGCCACACACUUAGAAUUCAUAGUAUAUAUAUAUAUAUAUAUAUAUAUAUAUAUAUAUAUAUAUAGUACUAACCUUGAGAGUUCACUGAAACCAAUGCCCUCGUGCUGUACGCAGAGCCUAAGGAUUUUUAUGUACGUGUUUAUUUUUAUUUUUAAUACCAUUUUAGAAUUCGGAUAUAUAAAUGAGUGUAUACGGUAACCCAGUACGUUAUUUCGACGUUUUGUGUAUAAGUAUGGCUUUGCAAAUCAGUGGUCUAUACGAGGCAAACUUAGCAACAAGGCGAGCUAUUUAAAAUUUACAGAGUGUCGAUCGUUGAGUGCGUUGGAACAACUUGUAUCCGAAUACAACGUCCGGAGCACAAUCAUUUUAGAGAUUCUGUUUCAUUUGUAAAAUCUCGAUCGGGUGAGACCGUUCUGAAGGAGUUGUCCCUGUGGGAACAUAUAGAUACGCAAGAUGUCCUUACCGUUUUUCAGUCAUGGUAGUUACGAAAUAGUUGCAUCGCUAUUCGUUUCUAUUUCAGAAAGUGUCAAAUGAACUCUGAGCUGAUCGGGCGUACAUCUACAUAUAUAUAAACGUAUAGCGUUGCACAGUGGAGGGACGGUGCAGUCGCGCUGUGUGAACACCCAAAAAGCAGCAAAACAGUUUUAGAAUUUUGUUCGAACAAGACGAGCCAUUGUAACCGAAUUUCGAACUGCGAGGUAGUAACUUGUAUGACUUGUUUGACCUAAGACGAAGUGUGAUGGGGUCGUCCUCUAGAAGGUGCCAAACCGCUAUAGGAUUUGUUAGAAAAUAGAAAGCAAGCGUCUAUAAUAAAAAUGACUAAUAAAAAUAAAGCUAACAACAUGUACGAUUUUAGACAACUGCAAUUAAAAAACGUGCGGUGGACCGACGCGGAGUACAAACCCUAACCCACCUAUAAAAGCUGCAAUCUCUUUUCUUGUGUCCUCCAUUCGCCUAUAUCGUCGCAUUAUGAGCCUUGCUCGUUUCCCAGAAAGAGAAGUCGUUUAGCGACGUAUCAGUUGUUCGGUAAUGAAUGGCGACGAAUAAAGUACUGAACCGAACAUUUAGUUAUAUAUCCCUACCGAGUAUAACCCAGUGUGGAUUGGAAGCUAGGCUAAGGACGCUGUGUGGACCAUGGCGGCAUGGACGACGCUGACCUAAGCCAAAGGCAAGUGUUUGUACAUAGGGAGAGACUGAAAACUAUACCUAGGUCUGGACAGCUAGCUAUGUUUAAGAUAGAGAAAGCUAGACUGUAUACAAGUAUGGUACUUUGUAGUCUAAAGUGGAAACUGGAAAUUUACUUCCAAGCAGCACUUUCAUUAAGCAACAGGUGAGAGGUAAGGAAAAAUUUCACACCUUGUAUCCAGUUUCGACAAGGAACGUCUGAUUCGUGAAAGCUGAUGAUUAUUGGCCUUCUUGUUCCUUGUUCAUCAUACAACAAGCCUUCCUAUGCCUACUUUUAUUGGUACCGGUGUCCUUAAUGAUUAAUAGCGCGACGCUAACAAGCAACACGUAGAAUCACCUUGUGUCCUUGCCAAACGUACUCAUACACCGUCUUCGCAGGUGUAUAUCUUAUAAAAUAAUAAUGCUGUUGACACUACUCCUUAAUACUAUAUUGGAAAGCAAUCCGUUUGUCAUUUUGCAAGCAUAUAUAUAUAUAUAUAUAUAUAUAUAUAUAUAU